CAGGACCACUUCCUUGCCAGGAACCGUGCAUUCAGCCAGUGGUUCACCGCCGUGGCGGUGCUGCUGCCGCUGUCGCUCGCGCGCGACCUGUCGAAGCUGGCCUUCACGUCCAUGCUCGGCCUGUGCGUGCUCCUCUACGCGGUGCUCAUGGUCAUUCGCGACUCGGUCCUGCACUCGCCGCAGGAGUGGGGCCCCGACGUGGUCAUGUUCGAGUGGCGCAUGGGUGCGUUUGAGGCCAUCGCGCUGAACACCCACGCUUUCGUGGCACACUACAACGCGCCGAAGUUGUUUUCCGAGUUGUACAGGCCCAGCUACAGGCGCUGGCUUGCUGUCGUGGUGCUCGCGUACGGCACAGCGUUCUCCGUGUACUCCGUCUUCUCGUACAUGGGAUUGCGACGUUUCGAGGGCGCGGUGCGGGGGAACAUCCUGCGGAACUACGGCCCCGACGUCGCAGUCUUGGCCGCUUGGUUCUCGCCCGCGGGGUGGUGGAGGAGGACUACGAUGACGGCGAGGUGGUGUUCGAGGACGAGGUUGGGCAUGGGCUUCUCCAUUGCGUUCACGUACCCUCUUGUUUUCAAUUCCACCAGGGAGGCGGCGGUCAACCUGUUCGUGGCGGCGCGGGAGGUCAGCAAGAGCAUGCCGAGCAUCCAGCUGUCCCAAAAGAAGCCAUGGGACGCCCGCGGCACGAGCCAGCGGGCGGCGAUCCGCCAGCGGUCGCCGUCCGAGGUUAACAUGCUCGGUGAGCUUAGCGAGGACGACGACCACCCGAUGCCCCACAAGCCCGGGAGGAGAGCCACUGUGCUGCUCGUUUUCCUGACCAUGAUCGUAGGCACCAUGUGCGAGGACGUCGGGAUCGUGAAUGCGCUCGCGGGCUCCAUGAUGGGCGUCAUGAUCUGCCUGGUGCUGCCCGGCCUCCUCUUCCUGAGCACGGCCAGGCUUCAGCUGCAGAGAGUCACGGGCAACAGCCUUGCCAAGCCAUUCCUUAGAGGCCACUCCCCGGCUGGCACCUCGCUGCCUGCGGUGCCGCAUGGGCAACGAGGGCGGCUGGCUCUGCGGUUGGCCGUCGUCGCGGGAGCCGUCACCGCGGUCGUUGGCGUGAUCGUGUCGAUCAUCGGAACGAUAGUGAUCCUCGCCAGCCACUCCAGCUAGGUCUCGCGUGGGUGUUGCAAGGCCUGUUUGACAAGGUCGCGUUAGAUUAUUGCUAUGUGUCGGAUGUCGUUCUAGUGCGAGGCACGUUUGGUUUACAACAUAUGCGGCUCGCAUCUUCAUUUGGCGCUAUAGGUGCCUCCCUGCGUUUCAACGUGCUUCCUUAUUUGAUGGUGACGCAGAGCUGUAUGAGGAGGAG